ACCCGUCCCAACAGGUAGCACGCUGCGCGUUCGCCUAUUGCGCGUUCUCGUCGACGCACGUCAUCCGGCUCGCUUCUCGCGCGCUGGUUAAAAAGAAGACGGAGACGGAUCGGGACAAGCACGUGAGCGCGCGGAAGGCAUCGCGGGAGAGUGAGAGAGAGAGAGAGAAAGAGAGAGAGAGAGAGAGAGAGACACGCGACUAAACUUGGUGCUACUUUUUACGCACUGCUUUAACGGGAUUUAACUUUAACGUGCGAGGAAACCGCCUGAGAUUAUUUGUUCGGAUGAAUAUACAUAUUUUUUAAUCGCGUUACAUUAUGAAAGAAAACGUUUUUCACGUGUUGGGCGAUCCAAAGCUGCACUUGUAGCCUAAUUUAUUACCGUGAAGUUGCUGGGUGUUUUAUUUUCUCUCCUUGCAUAUACACUUGAUAGCCUAUUUGAUGCGAAGUUACUUUACAAAUUCAGCAAACAUAAACCAGUAGACGACAGAAUAAAGUGUUUGAGGGGGAAAAACUUUUCUUAUAAGUGCGAAACAGCAGAGCACCUCUCUUAGAGCCGUGAUAUAUUUAUUUCUCUGCAAUGAGGCAUCUGAAGUUCGUGCUCGUGUUGGUGAUCGCCGCCGCCGACCUGUGGGAGUGCGCGGACGCCAAGUGGGGCGACAAGAGCGAGCUGAGUCCGCAGAGGCGGAGAUGCUACGACGGAAGUCUACCGAGACGCCUGAAGAAGAAGGAGCGCAAAGUAGCCGGUGGCGGCGGUGGAGACGUCUGUUCCGCGCUCUACCCGCGCGCCUCGUGCUGCCCGAGCCGCAAAGUCCCGUACCGGACAGAUCCCACGAUCUUUUCCACCAAUAACACGGAGUGUUCCAGACUUCUGGAGGAGAUCAAAUGUGCCCGCUGCUCACCAAACGCUCAGAUGCUCUUCCACUUAUCCGAACAAGAGCCGGGACGACACCGUGAACCAGACCUGCCACGUCUUUGCCUUGACUACUGCCAAGAGUUCUACUACACCUGUAGAGGACAUGUACCAGAGCUCUUCCAAGCCGAUGUAGACGAGUUCUGCCAAUACUACGGGAGGAGAAAUGGGGGCCUGUGCUUUCCUGAUUUCCACCGAAAGCUACUGCGUGGGCAGGACUCCAACUACUUGGGAGAUGAGAGAAUAGAAGCGAUCAACAGCAGGAAGCAUAAGCACAACUGCUACUGUGCUCAGGAGAUCUUGAGUGGGCUACGUCAGCCCGUGGCUGUGGUGCAUUGUGGGGAUGGCUCACAGCGCCUUUUUAUCGUGGAGAAGGAAGGCUUUGUCCGCAUCCUCACCCAUGACAUGGAGCUUCUGAAGGAGCCUUACCUGGACAUCCACAAGCUAGUUCAAACUGGGAUCAAGGGAGGAGAUGAAAGGGGCUUGCUAAGCCUGGCAUUCCACCCCAAUUAUAAGAAAAACGGCAAGCUGUACGUCUCCUACACGACGAACCAGGAGCGCUGGGCAAUCGGCCCUCAUGACCACAUUCUUCGUGUGGUGGAGUAUACAGUGUCCAGAAAAAACCCCAACCAGGUGGACACUAGGACCUUUCGAGUGUUAAUGGAGGUGGCCGAACUCCACAGGAAGCACUUGGGUGGGCAGCUGCUCUUCGGACCUGAUGGGCUUUUGCAUAUAUUCCUUGGGGACGGGAUGAUCACUCUGGAUGAUAUGGAAGAGAUGGACGGAUUGAGUGACUUCACUGGAUCAGUUCUGAGGGUGGAUGUCGACACGGACCAAUGUUCUACGCCCUACGUCAUUCCAUGGGACAACCCAUACUUCAACAGCACCAAUCAACCACCAGAAAUCUUUGCCCAUGGACUGCAUGAUCCUGGCAGGUGUGCAGUGGAUAAACUUCGGAUGGACAUCAAUGGGAGCCUCCUGAUCUUGUGUACUGAUGCAACAGGAAGAAACACAACAACAGGAAGGAUCCUGCAGAUCAGCAAAGGGAAAGAUUAUGAAAAUGAACCAUCAAUUUUUGACUUGGAGUCUACUGGUGGUGCACUCCCUGUUGGUGGAUUCAUCUACAGAGGCUGUCAAUCAAGAAGACUUUAUGGAAGUUAUGUAUUUGGUGACAAAAAUGGUAACCUCAGAAUACUCCAGAGGCCUGCUGAGGACCGGCUGUGGCAGGAGAAGCCAUUCUGCCUUGGAAGUAGCAGUUCGUGUGGUUCCACGUUGGUAGGCCACAUCCUGGGGUUUGGAGAGGAUGAAGUAGGUGAGGUCUAUAUCUUGGCGUCUAGCAAAAGCUUAGCCAUGCAGUCACACAGUGGAAGGCUCUACAAGUUGGUGGACCCGAAAAGGCCUCAGGUGCCUAAGGAAUGCCGCCGGCCGGUAGAAGCUCCAGAGAUGCUGAGCAGCUCGUGUUCUCGGGAAUGCAGAAAUGGCCACUGCACUCCCACCGGCAAAUGUUGCUGCAACAACGGCUGGGAAGGUCCCUUCUGCUUAAGAGCCAAGUGUGAACCCACCUGCCGAAACGGAGGAGUCUGCAUCGAACCCAACAAGUGCUUCUGUAAGGAAGGUUUCUCCGGGGCGCAGUGCGAGAAAGGAGAGCGAGGCGUACAAGAGGAUCGAGACAAAGACGGCAUUUUAGAUCACAUAAUUGACAUGACAUCAUAUCUGCUGGACCUCACUAGUUACAUUGUCUAGACAGCGCAGGGAGACUGACUCUGGUCUGAAGGCGGAACUUUAAGGAGGUGGUUUUUUUUUUUUUUUUCUUGAGGGUUUGCCUUCAGGACACCAACACCCCCAACCUCCAACUGCAUCCCAUCUUCAUUACCACAAUCAUCACUGACUGCCCAUGUGGUGGACCAUUAUUGGUCAAUAAAUGCUGGUAUUUACUCCCAAAGUUGGUUGAUGCAUUCAAAUUCUCACUGUUUGGGUUAACCACGUGGACUCAUCCUGACAUUUAGCAGGUUUAAUUUUUUUUAUAUAUUAAAUUAUUGACAAAGAUCCCACUCUGAGAUUCAGUGCAAAUAACAUUGGUUCAGAAUUAUAUUUGCAUAUUUUGCUCCACAUUUCUGAUAUUACAAGCACUGUCCCAUGCAUCACUUUACACAUCCAUACACAUAGUGAUAUGAAUUGGGUGUCCAAGACAAGCCCUUACACAAUGCUAAGGGGUCCAGCACUCAGUGCUUUAGCUAUCUCUUUGCUGUGUAUACUUCAGGACUCAGCCCUUAUUAUUUCUUCUAUGGUUUGCCAGUGAAAAAGGAGACGCCUCAAAUCACUGGACUCACAAUCUAAGCUCAGUUUGGACAGUCUGUAUAAAUCCUGCACAUGGCUAUAAACCGACUGCACAACCAAUGAAAAUCUUUGAAAUCUGCAAUAUCAAGACCUAUAAGGCUACAAAGCUCACUCUGGGAAAUCAAAUGGACAGUCUACCUGACUGAAACUCGCCACAGGAAGUCUCGACGGCCCUGGAUCCACAACCUCACACCAAAGGCUUAGCCAAAUAACCAAUAUAAUUAAAAAAAAAAAAAAAAAAAAAAAAAAAAAAAAGCAGAACAUUGUAUGUAUUCAUUUGAUAAAUCUGAGUUUAUCCUAUUCAUCAUCAAAAUAAAAAAAGAACUGGUCACAAUAUGCCAGCAUAUUUCCAGAAAUAUUCAUGGAGUCACUUAGUUGGGACUUGAUGCCAGUGUGUUUAAAGCUUGGUCUAGACCAUUAAAAACUCUUGCAGAAAAAAAUCAACUCAAACAUGAAGACGGCUGCAAUCAGUGUGUACUUUGUAUAAGGGAAAAAGUUGCAAAUUAAGAAUGUUUUUUUUUCCACAGUCACUUUGAUUCUGAUAUUUCUACCGAUUUUCUGAUAUUCUUCAAGACCAUGCACGCUGCUUUUGAUAUAAAUAAUGUAUCAUAGAUUUACAUACAUUUCAUUAGGUUUAUGUAUGUUUUGUUGUUCCUGUUUGAACUUCAGCAAAGAAACAAGCUAGCUUUGUAUAAAUCUUGUAUGUAAGACCAUUUUCACAGCAUUUUUUAUUUUUUAUUUUUUUUGGAGCUAGUUACACUGCCACGAGUAUAAAAGAAUAUAAUAUUAACGAUCAAUAGAUUACCCUCAUUCACUGGGAUCUUCUUUUUUUUUUUAUUCACUGAAGAUCCAUGUGUUUUUUUUUAUUAUUCAAUCACUGAAUGGUCUUCAUUUAACAGUUUCAAAAGGGAACAAGCAUAGUGCUGUACAUUUCUGAUAGUACUGUACUAAGAUAAGUACUACUUAGCUUUGCAAAGUAAUAUAGUAUUACUAUUGUUUCAAUAGAGGAAGGUUUAUUUUUUUAAGCGUAAUAAUAUAUGACAGGGGAGAGUAUUACUAGAGAGCAGUUUUACAUUAAGCCUAUGGAUUCACGUUGUGUAUUAUUUCUCACAAAAAAAAAGUGUUUCCUUAUUUCUUUCAUACAUAGUAAAAAAAAGCUAUCGUAAAACCACAUCGUGCAUAGCAUUUUGAUCCAAUCAUGAGAUUAUUUUAUGCCUUUUAUCUCUAUAAAAAGUAAAUGAUGCAAGUCAGUGGUUUAUUUUAUUUUAUUUUAUUUUAUUUUAUUUUAUUUUAUUUUAAAUAAUGACCCAUUGUACUGAGUAUGUGAAAAAGAGGCCUAAAGGCAAAAACAGGAGAAUGUGUAAUAAUAUACUCUAAGCAUGAGUCACCAAUAAAAAUGAAUAAUACCGCCAAUGGAACAUUCCACAUUGCAAAAGACUGUGUGAUUAUCCUGACUGAUUAGAGGUUUCCCCAUCGCAAGCUGACAACAGAUCCGACACUUAUGUAACACAGUAAAGCAGUUUUUUUUACGUAUAUAUAAUACAUAAACUUGUUUCAGUCUAUAUUUGCUGAACCUAUUACUAUUCUAUUGCAUUCAUUCAUCACUGUUAAACUUGAACCUGAAUUUCUUCCACCAUGGCUGUUACCAUGCAGAAAGUGGCCAGUCAAUUGGACUGCAUCCAAUGAGACGGACAUUUCCAUCCAAGAUAAAUUUGUCUCUCAUUUGUUUUCAUAAAUUAAAUCGUAUGUGUUAUUUAGUCCACCGUAUCACUAGUCAUCCUUUUGUCCCUGCUCUCAGAGUCACUCAGAGCAUCCCUUUCUUUUAAAGAAGUACACUAACGACGGUAUGUUGUCUUCGAUGUGAAACUGACUUCAUUGCUUUUUCCAGAAAUGUAAGGAAUCUAUGCUGUAAGUCUAUUCUGUAUUAUUAGCACUUAAUGUGAAACUUGCAUUGGAGCUGCUGGGAAGGUGUCAUGUGAAUAGAGUAACCCUUUUUUUUUUUGGUUUCGUUUUGUUCGGUUUUGUUCAUUUUGUUUUACUACAUUAUUUAAGUAGUUAUGCCAUAAAGUUAUUUAAGUUGUCUGCAAUGUUUGUUCUGUUUCAUGUGAAGAAUUUGAUCAUGUAUUGUAAAUAAAACUAGGGCUAUCUUGG